UCGCAGAAGUGACCGGCAGUGGUGUAGUGAGUGUUUUUAACUUUUUUUUUGUGUACACUAGAGAGCAAAAUGACUGAAAAUGGCCGUAGCAAUCAAGGAUAUCAGCAGGAUGCGGAGGAAGUUAAAGCUAAAGCGGAUAAACUGCAGUUGACCAUGGCUAGACCUAACUAUCACCAGGAAGAACUGAAUACGGAGAUGAACUACAGUAAACCGAAACGACGAAUGGCGGACGAAGUGAUGAGCACGGUCAGGAGCUUCAGUCUUGCCGAUUGCAUCAAAAGUGUGCUCCCGAUCGUUGCUUGGCUUCCGCAGUAUCCUUGGAAGACUAACUUUAUGGCCGAUUUGAUCAGCGGUUGUACGGUUGGCAUCAUGCACAUUCCUCAAGGCAUGGGUUAUGCCAUGCUGGCAUAUGUGCCUCCAAUUGUUGGACUCUACAUGGCAUUUUUCCCGGUAAUAUUGUACUUUUUUCUCGGAACUUCCCGACACAACUCGAUGGGAACGUUCGCUGUGAUCUCAAUUCUGGUAAGCAAAACCAUUUUGGAGUAUUCUACGGCCGGUGUCCAAAUGGCUGGUAAUGCGGCUGGAAAUGGCACAAUUACCGCGGCAGCUGGAGAACAAGUUAUAACUCGAGGACCGAUCGAAGUGGCCGCGACACUUUGUUUCGCCGUGGGAAUGUGGCAAAUUCUAAUGUAUUUCUGUCGAAUAGGAGUCCUUUCCUUCCUGCUGUCGGAAACGUUGAUUUCCGGCUUCACUACCGGUGCUGCCAUCUAUGUGUUUACCUCACAAGUGAACCUUCUGCUGGGAGUGCCGUUGCCUCCGAUUGUUGGUGCCUUCAAAAUUGUUCGGCAAUAUGCUGCAAUUUUUGCGGCUCUUGGACAAGUGAACUACAUCUCCGUUUCGAUAUCAUUCUGCACGAUAUCGGUACUUACUUUCAACAAUGUUUGGCUCAAGGAAAAGGUAGCCAAAAUUAGCAUCGUGCCAAUUCCUGUCGAGCUGAUACUUCUCAUAAUCGGAUCAUUGGUAUCGACCCACUUUAAACUCCAUGAAGAUCACGGUUUGAAAAUAAUUGAACACAUUCCGACAGGAUUUCCAGAACCCGCCCUGCCUGACUGGGAUCUACUGCCGUCGAUCGUCAUGGAUAGCUUCAUAGUGGCAACCGUGUCGUACGCAGUAACCGUUUCUAUGGGAACUAUUUUCGCCCAGCGGGAAAACUACGAAAUGGAUUUCAACCAGGAACUGUUGGCAAUGGGCUCGAGUAACUUGUUCGGUUGCUUCUUCUCCUGUAUGCCCAUGUCGGCAUCACUAUCGCGUUCGAUGGUUCAGUACUUGGUAGGCGGAAAGACACAGGUAGCCUCCGUCAUUUCCUGUUGCAUAAUUGCAGUUGUUCUGCUGUACAUCGGUCCAUUCUUCGAACCAUUACCAGUUUGCAUUUUGUCCGGAAUCAUUAUGGUUGCCUUGCGACGUUUAUUGAUGCAAGUGACUCAGUUUUUCGAUUUCUUGAAGCUGAGCAGGGUCGAUGCUAUGGUAUGGAUGGGAACCUUUCUAUCCACGGUGCUGGUCAGUAUCGAUGUCGGUCUGCUCGUGGGACUCCUGUUAAGCAUUUGUUCAAUCUUCUUCCGCGGUCUGAAAUCGUACACUUGUCUGCUGCAGAAUGUUCCCGAUACUGAUCUGUAUUUGGAUUCGACUCGUUACAAAGGAACGGUCAACAUUUAUGGAGUGAAGAUAUUCCACUUCAGUGGAAGCUUAAACUUUGGAACCAGAUCUACUUACAAAACGGCACUUUGCGAAGCACUGAAUUUGGACUUAGUUCAGGAGCAGAAGAAGCACGACGACGACGAGGCCAAGCAUCAUCCGGACCUACGCUAUCUGGUGCUGGAUUGCACCAGUAUCAGUGAUAUCGAUCCUUCCGCUGUUUCGUCACUUAAGUUGCUAAUCAACGAGUUGGAGAAUCUGGCGAUUACCGUACUGUUAGCUGGUCCCUCUUGUCCGGUGUAUGAAAUGAUGCGUAAAUGCAAGCUGGUAGGUUUGGAAGAAUGUCAUUACUAUAGCUGCGUAUUCCCAACGGUACACGAUGCGGUUGUUUGGGCAAAGAACUGCAUGGUUAGGUGCCCGGGAAGAGUCAGUGUUGUGGGAACGAGAUUUUAAACAUAAACAUUACGAAAAACUAAUGCAUUUGUUAUCGGUGUGUAAAA